UAUUAGACACCUAACUAGCGCCGCCACUCGAAUAAGUCCGCCGGUGAAACCCGCAGAAGGAGCCGGAGGUUUUCUGAUUGGCCGACAGCCGUUCAAUGACGUUCGCUAUCCUGAUUGGUUGAUAUGGUCAAGAGGAACUGCAACGUUUCCAUAGGAACGGAGACACAAAGUGAGGAACAGAUUGUUACAUUGAUGGAGGAUCAGGAAACUAUUGAUUUCCGGCAGUUGGAACGGGAGCUGGCCAACGCACUGGCUGCUGAUCAGAAGUACUCAAGAGAAAAUGACGCCAAGUUUCGAGCCAUUCACCAAAAAGUGGCAUCUUAUGAGGAAUUCAGAGAUAUUGUCCUGGCAUCUAACCUGAAGCCCCUUGAACGGAAGGAUAAGGUGGGAGGAGAGAGAAAGCAGCCCUGGAACCCAAGUUUCAACACAAAUAGCUGCGCACGAGAGUCCGAAAAUGUGAUGCCGGAAGAAUCGUUUUCAGAUCCCACAAAUGCAUUUGAGUUUACCCGAGACUGGCGCCGAUUAGGAAACGGAGAGAAGUAUUACUACCUCUUGCGAGUGGGAGCUGAGAAGCUGUCUCAACUUUUCCAUGCUGAAGUGUGUUCUGGACUACUUGGAGAAUUCCUCUUAGUGCUCAAUGAGAGCUUUCAGGCCAUUCACCUGGAGACUGUCCUACAGAUCUUACAAACACUAGCAGAGACCAAGCGUUUUGACCUUAAUCUGGUUUUUCUCAGUGGGUCUGAGAAGGAGAGUUCCCAAAAGCUAUUUGUAAAGUUGCAAACCUGUGUUGGUGCAAUAGAAGAUGAAAGAAGGAGGAUAGAAGAUAAAAGGCUAACAAAACUAAUGGCCUGUUACAAGAUCGGCAGCACAAAGGACUGACUUUAGGUUUUCUUCUUCCAGACCAUAGAAUGCUGUGAUAAUUUAGACAGCAGAGGGCUGCAUAUGAAGCCACAUUGCAUGCUUGAAACAGCUGCUGUCGUGAUCACAGAUUGUUUCGUACAGCUGUCAAGCUCCCUGCUUCAUUAUUUGUUCUGUAACAGCACAACUUGGGCAUCUGUCUCAAUCCGCACCCUCGGUCCCAUGCUGAGUAUGUUCCUCAGUGUGCACUCAUUGAGUGGAGAGGGCUGGGCACUGUGUGAGGCUUUUUGAAAUUAAAAAUAAACACUUGAUUUAUAUUUAUUUAUUAGGAGGACCUCUUAUAUUAAAGAAACACAAUUCACCACA